AUGUCAUGUAUUGCUCCCAAAAUAGCUCCAUUUGAUUUUGGUGAAGAACCCUUAAACUAUGGCGAACCAGCAUCGGUACAAUGCACUAUACUGGGAGGUGAUUUACCCAUAAACGUAACAUGGUUAUUAAAUGGCAAAGCCAUAGAUAGUUUUCAUGAUAUAUCACUAGCGCGUAUAGGCAAACGAGUUAAUGUUUUGACCAUAGAAUCGGUGGCGGCACAUCAUGCGGGCAAUUAUUCUUGUCGGGCACAAAAUAAAGCAGGGCUUACUGAACAUUAUGCGAGUUUAAUAGUUAAUGUUCCUCCCAAAAUAACGGCCUUUUCAUUUGGUGAUGAACCUUUAAAUUUUGGUGAACCUGUAUCGGUUCAUUGUACUAUAACGGGUGGAGAUUUACCCGUUUCUGUUAUGUGGACUUUAAAUAGACAUCCUUUAAUGCCCGAUUUGAAUAUAUUAACUGAGAAACGUGGUAAACGUAUUAAUAAUCUAAUGAUUGAUGCUAUAGAGGCUAAACAUGCUGGAAUUUAUACUUGUAUUGCUAGCAAUGCUGCGGGUAAAGUGGAACAUUCCGCUGAAUUGGUGGUUAAUGUGCCACCCAAAAUCAACUAUUUCUCUUUCGGCAAUGAUGAACCCAUGAGUUAUGGUGAAUUUAUAAAUGUCCAAUGUAUUAUAUCGGGUGGUGAUUUACCUGUUAAUAUCACUUGGAUUUUGAAUGGUAAACCUUUUGAGGAUUAUUUAGAAAUCUAUACCACCAAACGUGGUAAACGUAUCAAUGAAUUGACUAUAGAAUCGGUGGCUGCUAAACAUGCAGGAAAUUAUUCUUGUAUAGCUGAGAAUAGAGCUGGUCGUGUUAAUUAUACGGCUGAAUUAAAAGUUAAUGUGCCGCCCAAAAUGAAUCAAUUUACUUUCGGUGAUGAACCCAUGAGUUAUGGUGAAUUUGUUAAUGUCGGUUGUAUUAUAUCGGGUGGCGAUAUGCCGGUAAAUAUAACUUGGAUGUUAAACAAUCAACCUUUUGAGGAUUAUUUAGAGAUUUAUACCACCAAACGUGGUAAACGUAUAUUAGAAUUGACCAUAGAAUCGGUGGCCGCCAAACAUAUGGGAAAUUAUUCCUGUGUGGCGGAAAAUAAAGCUGGACGUGUUAAUUAUACAGCUGAAUUAAAAGUUAAUGUACCACCCAAAUUAGCCCAAUUUGAUUUUGGUGAUGAACCGGUUAAUUUUGGUGAAUCGGCUAGUGUUCAAUGUUUGGUGACAUCGGGUGAUUUUCCAGUUAAUUUUACUUGGUUAUUUAAUGAUCGUCAAAUAUCAGAUGAGGUCUAUGAUGUCUCUAUGGUAAAGUUGGGUAAAAAAAUCAGCGUGCUAUCCAUUGAUACAGUAAGAGCCCAUCAUGCUGGCAAUUAUACUUGUGUGGCCUCGAAUAUGGCUACAUCGGUUAAUCAUACCGCUGAAUUGAUAAUUAAUGUCCCUCCUAAAAUAGCUCCUUUUGAUUUUGGUGAUCAUGCGGUGAAUUUUGAGGAAUCAGUUUCUGUUAAUUGUUUAAUCUAUUUGGGUGAUUUACCCAUGGAUAUUUAUUGGUUAUUUAAUGGUCAAGCUAUAAAUGCCUAUAAUGGUGUGUCUAUAGUUAAGGGUGGCAAAAAGGCCAGUAUUUUAACUAUAGAUUCGGUACAUGGUGGUCAUGCGGGUAAUUAUACCUGCAAGGCUCGUAAUGAUGCUGAUGCCGCUGAAUAUACUGCAGAAUUAAUUGUUAAUGCUCCUCCCAAAAUAGUGGCCUUUGAUUUUGGUGACAUACCCACCAAUUUUGAGGAUUCAGUAUCGGUAAAUUGUUUAAUCUCCUCCGGUGAUAUGCCCAUCGAUAUCGAAUGGUUGUUUAAUAAUGAACCGGUGAAUAUAUUUGCUGGUAUCUCUGUUAUGAGAGGAGGCAAACGUACCAGUUUAUUAACCAUAGAUUCUGUACAUGCCGGCCAUGCGGGCAAUUAUACUUGCAAAGCUAAAAAUCGUGCCGGUUUUGAAGAGUAUUCAGCGGAAUUAAUAGUUAAUGUUCCUCCCAAAAUAACUCCUUUCGAUUUUGGCGAAGAACCAGCCAAUGUGGAAGAUUCGGUAUCAAUAACAUGUCUUAUAUCAUCGGGUGAUUUGCCCAUAGAUAUUGAAUGGUUGUUUAAUGAUUAUGGUAUAAGUUCAUAUUCGGGUAUACAGGUGAUGAAGGGUGGUAAACGUACUAGCAUGUUGACUAUAGAUAAUGUCAAGGCCCAUCAUGCGGGCAAAUAUACUUGUAAGGCUAAAAAUCAUGCAGCGGCCAAUAAUUUUACCACCGAGUUAAUAGUUAAUGUUCCACCCAAAAUAACACCCUUCGAUUUUGGCGAAGAGCCCGCCAAUUUUGAGGAAACAGUUUCUAUACCUUGUAUUAUUGCAUCGGGUGAUCAGCCCAUAGAUAUAGAAUGGUUGUUUAAUGAUUAUGGCAUUAGUUCAUAUUCGGGUAUUACGGUGGUUAAGGGUGGCAAACGUAGCAGCAUGUUGACCAUAGACAGUGUACAGGGAAGGCAUGCAGGCUUCUACACCUGCAAGGCCAAAAAUCAUGCUGCUGCUGUUAAUUAUACGGCUGAAUUGAUUGUGAAUGUCCCUCCCAAAAUCUCUCCUUUUGAUUUCGGUGAUGAACCGGCCAAUUUUGAGGAAACUGUUUCGGUAACUUGCAUUAUAUCUUUGGGUGAUCAGCCUAUAGAUAUAGAAUGGUUGUUUAAUGAUUAUGGCAUUAGUUCGUAUUCGGGUAUAACGGUAAUGAAGGGAGGCAAACGCACCAGUUUAUUAACCAUCGAUAAUGUUAAGGCCCAUCAUGCAGGCAAUUAUACCUGCAAGGCCAAAAAUCACGCAGCUGCUGUUAAUUAUACUGCGGAAUUAAUAGUUAAUGUUGCUCCCAAAAUAGCUCAUUUUGAUUUUGGCACUGAGCCGGCCAAUUUUGAGGAUUCAGUUUCGGUUAAUUGUUUAGUUUCUUCCGGCGAUUUGCCUUUAGAUAUUGAAUGGCUUUUCAAUGAUAGUCCUAUUAAUUCUUAUUCUGGCAUAACUGUUUCUAAAAUGGGCAAACGUUUAAGUCUGUUAAUGAUUGAAGGUGUUAGUGCUAAACAUAUGGGAAAUUAUACUUGUAAAGCUCGUAAUUUAUGGGCUUCUUCUUCGUAUACCGCACAAUUAGUAGUGAAUGUUCCCCCCAAAGUUGUACCUUUCGAUUUUGGCGAUGAGCCUACAAAUUUUGAAGACUCCGUAUCGGUAAAUUGUUUAAUCUCAUCCGGUGAUAUGCCAGUCAAUAUAACCUGGCUGCAUAAUGACGUAACCAUGCAACCUUUUGGUACCGGUAUUACCAUAUUGAAAAGUGGUAAAAGGGCCAGUGUUUUAACUAUAGAUGCAGUACAUGCAGGACAUGUGGGUGAAUACACAUGCCUAGCAGAGAAUAGAGCGGGCAAGGCAAAUCAUACAGCGGAAUUACAUGUCAAUGUUCCUCCUAAAAUAACACCUUUUGAUUUUGGCGAUGAACCCGCCAAUUUUGGCGAUUCGGUGACAGUACAAUGUACUAUAUCUAAGGGUGAUUUACCGGUCGAUAUUAAUUGGCUGUUUAAUGGUUAUGCCUUAAAUGAUUAUCUAGGAGCUACUACAUCGAAAAUAGGCAAAAAAGUCAGUGUCUUAACUAUAGAUACGGUAAAUGGUCAUAAUGCGGGCAAUUAUACUUGUAUAGCCCGCAAUAUGGCCCAGACUACAGAGUAUACAGCGGAACUAGUUGUUAAUGUACCUCCCAAAAUUUCACCCUUUUCAACGGGUAAUCCAGAGGCUGUACAUUUAGAUCAAUAUAUUACCUAUCAGUGUACCAUAACCGAGGGUGAUUUACCUUUAAAUAUUUUAUGGACUUUAAAUAAUCAACCUUUGGUCAAUGAAGAUAAUCCCGAUAUUUUGAUCUCGAAAUUGGGUAGACGUAGUAGUGUUUUAACCAUAGAAAGUGUAAGUGCCAAAAAUGCAGGCAAUUACACCUGUCAGGGUACGAAUAAGGCCGGCAAGGCCAGUUUUACCACACAAUUAAAAGUUAUAGUUUUACCACGCAUUAGACCUUUUACCUUUGAGGAAGGUCCUGCUCAGACGGGCCAAUAUUUAACACUAUACUGUUCAGCAUCACUUGGUGAUUUACCCUUAAAUAUAACAUGGCUGCUAAAUGAUCAAAUUGUUGAAGAAGUAGAAGAAGCAAAUGCUAAUGCUAAUAGUUUGGGUAUUUCCACAAUGAUGGUGAAUAAACGUACUAGUGUUUUGACUAUAGAUUCGGUAGAUGAUCAUCAUGCCGGAAAUUACACAUGUCUAGCUCGUAAUCGUGCUGGUUUCCAUUCGUAUACAACGAAAUUAAAUGUUUAUGUUUUACCAAAAAUUGCUCCCUUCUCUGCCGGAGCUGAUGCUUUCUACCCGGGCGACUAUUUUACGCUACAAUGUUCCAUAAUACAUGGAGAUCAUCCACUGUUAGUCUACUGGUAUUUUAAUCAACAAAAACUCAAUGAAUCUGUAGCCCAACAAAUGGGCAUAGAAAUAUCAAAAAUGGGUUCUAGAAGUUCGGUAUUAACUAUCGAAUCGGUACAAGGACAACAUGCUGGAAAUUAUACUUGUUAUGGAAAAAAUGCAGCAGGAGUAAGCAAUUAUACGGCUACGUUGAUAGUAAAUGGUAUUAAGGAUAUUGAAAAUUGUUAUGUUGAUAUAGUUCCCCCCAAACUGACACCUUUGCCCUCUAGUGUGGAUAAUCCUUUAUUUUUGGGUGAUUAUUUUCAAUUAAAUUGUGCGGUUUUACAUGGUGAUUCCCCAUAUAAUAUCACCUGGUAUUAUAAUGAUGAAUCGGUUAAUAAUCGACCGGGUAUAACGGUAAUGAUGCAUAGCAAACGUAGCAGUUCAUUGAGUAUUGAAAGUGUUUUAGCGGAACAUGCGGGCAAAUAUUCAUGUAUUGGUGCUAAUCAGGCGGGUUAUACAGAAGUUUCGACCAAUUUAACCAUAAGGGAAUUACCACAACUCGAACAAUUUCAAUUUAAUCCUAACGGUGUUAAUGGUGGUCAAGCGGUACGUGUUAUGUGUAUGGUAACUUCGGGUGAUUUACCCAUUGAUAUAUAUUGGCUUAAAGAUGGCCAACCUUUGUUACGUUCGAUAUAUCAUAAAAUCGAUGAAUAUACUUUAAUUUUGUCAUUGCGUCAAACGAAUAUAGGGGACUCGGGAAAUUAUACUUGUGUGGCCAGUAAUAAGGCUGGAGAGGCCAGAAAAUGGUCUACACUAAAAGUCAAGGAACCCCCCAAUUUGGCAAACCUUUCCGUGUCCUCAACCCUCAGCAAUGUGGGUGAUUAUGUACAAUUUACCUGCAUAGUCACUAAAGGCGAUUUGCCUCUACACAUUGAAUGGCUGCUAAAUGGCAAAGAUAUUAUACAACAAUUACCUUUUACCACAGUGGCCACGGUGGGUUCUCAUACCAGUCUGCUAAUGAUUAACAAUGUUACGGCCCAACAUGCUGGGCAAUAUUUGUGUCGUGCUAAUAAUCGUGCGGGUACUUUUAUUCGUACGAAACGUUUGAUAAUUUCGCAAAUAAAUGGUUAA